UUCAUUGUAGGCUUUAAAGAUCAACAUGGAGAAAAUCAUCCUACAAAUCCCUCUGAUAUUGCUGGUGCUGCAUAUACAAGGAGGAGAGUUCGCUAAAAUUCCAGUUUGUUCAUCCAUUGCCGAAGCUCCACAGCCGGAAGUCGUGGAGUUCAACAAUACAAUCUAUGCCACUUGUGAAGUAACUCCCAGCCCCAAUUUGCCACCUUUCCAGCCAAAGAUCUUUGGGCAAAUCCUCUUCAAGCAGCUCUUCCCCAAUGGAGUUUUAGAAGUGAAAAUCAACCUCCGUGGUUUGCCUGCCAUCGAUCAUCAAGAGCGUGCCAUUGACAUCCAUCGGUAUGGAGACCUCAGUCAAGGCAGCAUCACUGUUGGUCCUCAUUACAAUCCAAAGGGUGUUGACCACCCUCAUCAUCCUGGAGACUUGGGCAACUUUGCUUCUGAGCGAGGAGUUAUAAGGCAGUUCCUGAAUCUCCCAGAGGCCAAGCUCUUCGGGGCACAUUCCAUUCUGGGACGUGCGGUGGUGGUUCAUGAGAAGGAGGAUGAUCUGGGAAUGGGGUCAGAUGAGGAGAGUCAACAGAGUGGGAAUUCUGGACAGAUAAUUGCUUAUGGUGUGAUUGGUAUUACUUCUCCAAGUCUGUGGCAGAAGACUGAACUGCUCCCCAGGAAAAGCUGUGGAGGAGGUUACUGAGAGUUGGAUAUGAUGGAAAAGCAGA